ACCAUGUUUUUGCCGUACCUUGAUUCACUAUGGUAAAUCUACAAUAGAGAUUUGUAUUUAGAGCUGUCGGGAUGGACUUGGAGCGAAAUCGCAGCCAUACGUCAUUCGUCCUUGCAUGUUUACAUCAUGUCUGUAAGCUCAGAAAGAAUGUCCGGCUGUGGCGUGACUUGCGCGAGUGUCGGGGAAGCGAGUGGAACAGCUGUUCACUCUCCUCCUGAAAUCACUCUCCUCAUGGAUUUAACUGUUUUUAACUGUUUGGUGAAGUUGUUUACCUGCUUUAAUCAGUGGCAGAUUUAGGUAUGGGUGACAUGGGCAGCCACCCGGGGCAGCAUCUUGCCGGGGGGGUUCGCCCAGGGCGCCAUACAAGAUAGAACCGCCACUGGCUGUAAUGUCCGGUUCCUGCCUCCUCCUUUCCCAUUUUAACCCUACAUUGGUGCCAAAACCCGGGAAGGAGGAGGGAUGCGCUGUUGUGGAGUCCUCACCACUGCAAUCCACCCAAAGGAGCAGCCGCGGCCAUCCACCAGGGGAUGGAGGAGUUGCUGCCUGCCGCCUGGAGGAACGGCUGCAGUCUGCAAGGGGAGGAGGGGCUCGCUGCUGGUCGCGUGGAGCAGUGGAGCCGCUGCCAGGGGCGGAGGAGUUCUCUACCGGCCGCCAAAACGAAGAGGGGCGUUCCAUCCAGCAGGGGUCGGAGGACUGGCUCUGGUCUACCGGGGGAGGAGCGGCUGUCAUCUGCCAGAGGGUGGAGGAGUGAUUGAGGACCAGAUAUUCGUGGAAAUAUGGAGCAAGACAUCCAAGUAACGACAGCUUCAGGAUUUCCUACAAUUUCUACAGUGGUCUCCAGGAACAACCUCACCAAUAACACCCAAUGUCCCCAUUGGGAAAUAUGGGACUGGUUGUACAUUAUGCAGCCGGCUUAUAUGUUUAUCAUAUGUGUUUUGGGAAUCAUCGGAAAUGUCUUCGUCCUCCUGGUGUUCUGGCUCCAUAAGAAAGCUUGCACGGUGGCUGAAAUUUACUUGGGAAAUCUGGCAGCCGCUGACCUCUUAUUGGUCUCAUGUCUUCCAUUCUGGGCCAUCAACAUAGCAAGUGGUUUUAAUUGGCAGUUUGGCUCGCUAAUGUGUCGUCUGGUCAACACAGGCAUUAGAAUGAACAUGUUUUGCAGUAUUUAUUUACUCGUUCUGGUUAGUGCCGACCGCUACGUAGCCCUGGUGCACGCCGUGUCGAGCGGUCGAAUGAGAAGACCACGGUAUGCCAAGCUCAGUUGCAUCAUGGUCUGGUGUUUCGGUUUAGUCCUCAGUAUCCCAACGCUUCAUUUCCGAGAUACCCAAUACAUUGCAGAACUCAACGUUACGGCUUGCAUCUUAAACUACCCGAGUACUGAGAUUGGACUUGGUUGUGACAUUCUACUAAUCCUGCUUGGCUUUAUCAUUCCACUAUUGGUCAUUUCUUAUUGCACGUAUCAGAUAAUUCGAGCACUGCAUGAGCAGGUUAUGGAUCGAUUCAAUGCAGAGAACACUGAACGGAAGGCAACGAUUCUGGUGCUAGUUGUUUUAUCAGCGUUUCUACUGUGUUGGGUCCCAUUCCACCUGGUAACCCUACUGGAUAUUCUGAUGCGGUUUGGAGCCAUCGGUGGAUGUGAUGUACAAUCAGGUCUUGAUGUUUCCAACCAGAUAUUUACCUACUUGGCUUUGAGCAACAGUGUGUUGAACCCGAUUUUCUAUGUGAUUGUUGGUAAGAACUUCAGGAAGAAAGUUAGAGAAUUAAUUAAACAAGUUAAACAAGGGAGAAAAGACACAAGUGGUUCUACAAGGUCGCAACUGUCAACGUUGAAGACCCUCACAACAUAUUAAGACAUGACGAGACAAGAUGGUUGAAAUGUUCAUUGGCACAUAUUGAAAUUAUAAUUGCAACAUAGAAAUUAUGUCUUUGGUUUAUGCUGGAUGUGGAUCCAAACACAAUGUUAUGGAAUAGUUGUGUAACAUGUCUGUUUAUAGAUGUUUUGUAUUUGUACUAUAUUUGCAUUCUCAUAAAGAUGGCUUCACUGUAGCGAUGUUUUGCCUGCAUUGGAAAAAAAGUGUUUGUGCUAUAUAAGUGCAUAUUAUCACAUAUUAUAUAUUACAAAUAUAGACUAUCUGUCAUCUGAUAAUGUUGCAAAACAUAUCCAAUGUUUUGUUUACUUUUAUUAAGAUUAAAUGAAUAUUUCAAAAUCUUUAUACAAUGAAGCUUUUAGUGUGAACAGAUCUUGAAAAACUGUGCGCCACCAGACAGACGCUCAAGACAUGAUGUCUGCAGAUUGUUUCUUUCCAGAGCAAGAAAAUUACCAGUUGGUCAAAUGAAUG